CGCCUGUGGCCGCCGCCGUCCCUCUCCCCCGUCUGCUACGUCCCCUUCCCGGCCUUAGCUCCCUGCCGCGCCUCCCCCUUCUCCACCAGAAGGCUCCCCAGAUUCGCGGCCUGGAGUAGCGGCGGCGGCGGCGGCUCACGCCCCGAGCCCAAGCCAGGUGACAACGGGAGCAAGGCCAUCCUCGACGCUUUCUUCCUCGGGAAGGCCUUCACGGAGGCGCUCACGGAGCGGGUCGAGUCGGUGGUGGGUGAGGUGUUCAGCAUCGUCGGUCAGUGGCAGGCCGAGCAGCAGAAGCAGGUGCAGGAGUUCCAGGACCUUGUUGAUAUUGAUGUCUUCCUGGAUGCAAUGGUAGCUAAUCUGUUAAAGGGAGAGGUUUGCGACUUCUCUGAGUGCGUCAGGGCCUUCAUCUCGUAAUUGUUGAACCUGCAAUCUUCAUGCUUCAACGUCUGUCAAAAUAGCUAAUAGCUUGCUGGUUGUCGAAUGUCUGUAACAUAUUUUGGCAAUUGCAAUGCUGGCUCAUCACAGGUCGCUGUUUCAAGGUCUUGCUUGCUGCUUGUCAGAAUGUCUAGUAACCAAAAUAGCUAGGUACAUGGAUAUAUAUUGAUCACGCACCGAUUGAUUCAUAUGCCUGCUGCCUGCAUGUUGUCGUUGUGUAUCUGAGCGUGUACAGGUACGAGUAUGGUGCAACAACUGAUUGGUUAGGUCUACCUCAUAUGCUGCGCUUAUUAGCUUGCUUCGUUCCAUCACAUCGUUCA